AUUAGUUUAGAAAAGAAAACGGUUUUUGUUUUUAAUUCGUUUUGAUUAUUUGAUUUGGUUGUUUUGUUUAUUUCUAUUAAUGUUUUUUUCUAAAUUGUUUUUAUUUAAUUGUUGUUCUAAAUAGUUUAUUGGUAACGUUGGAACCUCUAAAAUUAACUCUGAAUUGCUCUCACUCACCAUUUAUGUUUCCUUUUCCAUUAACAAUAUUAUAAUCAUCGUCAUUAACGAAAACAUCAAAUUUAACUUAUCAUCAACGUCCAACAACAAUCAUCUUUAAGAGCAACAGUGAAUAUCCUCAUCAACACAAUUACCAUUUCUCAAGAUAUUAAGUCGUUUCUUUGUUGAAUAUUUACUUGACAAUUAAGUUUAAUUCAUCAUAAUAAUCAAAAAUCUAUUCGUUUUCCUUUCCUCAUUCACAGAAGAAAACAACAAGAAUAAUCAUAAUCAUAAUCAUAAACAUCUAUUUAUCAUCUGUUAAAGUGUAAUCACAAUGGAGGGAGAAAAAGAGUCUCCAGAAUAUUCUGUUUAUGCAGUGAAAAAUACUCGCCGGUCAAUGGAGGACCGACAUGUUGUAAUACCAAAUCUUCUUAGUCAAUUUAAAGAUAAGAGUGAUGACUGUAACCAUAUCGAAAACCAUUACUCUUACUUUGCGAUAUUCGAUGGUCAUGCCGGACCGGAUGCUGCAGAAUUUGCUGCUGAUCAUUUGCAUAAGAAUAUGGUUGAGAAUCGUUGGUUUAAAUCAGGUUAUAUUGCAGAUGCAGUCAGAAUGGCUUAUGCGUUGACAGAUUUGCAAUACACAGAAAAAGCAGAGGAAGACCAUGCAAGUAGAAGUGGUUGUACCGCCGUUACAUGUGUCUGAAAUAGAUCGAAACUUUUUAUCCAUUGGGCCGGUGAUUCGAUGGCUCUUGUGUCUCGUAAUGGGAAACCCUUUUUCAUCACAAAUCCACAUAAUUUGGAGAGAGAAGAUGAAAAAGAAAGAGUCGAGGAAAUGGGAGGAACUGUUCUCUAUUUAGAUACAUGGAGAGUUAAUGGUACUCUUGGUGUGUCUCGAGCUAUUGGAGAUCCCGAUUAUAAACCUUAUGUGACUUCUGAUCCCGAUUUCGAGGUUAUCAAUUUAGAUGGUACUGAAGAUUUUGUGAUCAUGGGAUGUGAUGGAUUAUGGGACCGAAUGACACCAGAAGAUGCAAUUGGAUUAAUUUAUGAGCAUUUACAGAAAAACAGUGAUUUAAGUGUAAACGAAUUGGUAAAUUCAACAGCACAAAUACUUUCCGAUAAAUCAAUUAAAGAUGGAUCAUGUGACAAUGUUACUACAAUCGUUAUUUUCUUGAAAGACGUUUCAUCGAUUGUUAAAUCAAUUGGAAAUUGUGGUGGUGGUGGUGAACUAUCCAGUUCGAUUAAUAAUAGUACUAAAAGUGGUUUGGAUAACAAUGGUCAUAUCGAUUGUGGCAAUGGAAAUAACAAUAUUAUUAUUAAUAAUGGAAAUGGUUUGGAAUAUCAUUUGGAUAAUAAUGGUGAUGAUGGAAGAUCACCAAUAAGAAUCGAUAAUGGAUUAAUGAGUGAAGAAGUGAUUGGUUCCGGUGGAUUUAGUGUAUCAUUGGAAGAGAAGAAGAAGCAAAGUGCAGAGGGAGGUGGAGGAGGAGAUGAUGAUGAUGGUGAUCAAAAAGAAGAAGAAGAAGAAGAAGAAGAAGAUGCUGGUAAAGUUAAAAUAGAACCAGAAAAGGAAAAAGAAGAGAAAGAAAAAGAAAAAGUCAAUUUGGGUUCAACCUUGAAUCCUUUUGCCGAUGAAUUUCAACCAAAUAUCAGUAACAUUAUUGGAAGUGAUGAAGUUGGAAAUGAGCCAAGAAAGGACGACGAAGAGUCAAAUAAAAACGAGAAAUUGGAUAAAAAAGAUUUGUGGAUGAGUGAAUUUAAGGAUGAUGGGAACAACGAUCAACUCCAACAUGAGCAUCAUCAUCAACAACAACAGCAGCAACAACAACAACAUCAAGAGCAACAAGAGCAACAACAUAAACAAGAGGAUUAUCAUGAUCAGUAUGAUGAUGAUCAAAAACAACAACUACAAAACAAGAAGAUUGAAAUGUUUGAUGGUCUAGUGGAUAAUAAUGUUUUAAGUGAUUCAGAAAACUUUAAUUCUUGUAAUGUUGGUGGUGUUAAAGUUGUUGGUUUUAGUGAUGGUAAUGAUAAUGAUAAUGAUAAUGAUAAUGGUUAUAAUGAUGGUGAUUUAAUUAAUCAACAAUCAAUUAGUAAUUUAUCGUCAUCCGAAUACUCAGAUAAUCUUUCAUCGGAGAUGAUUAUUCAUGAUAUUGGCGAGAAUAAAACUGAUUUUCAACAAUUACCUUCUGCUCCUGAAUUGGUGUAUUUUGAACAACAACAAGAUCAGCGUGAACAUCAACAACAACUUAAUCAUCAACUUGAACAAUUGCAACAAUUACAAGAACUUGAAGAAUCAGAAUAUUCAACCAUGGAGAGUAAUUUAAUUUCACAGGCUGAAACAUUUGUCAGUAAUUUAACACCAAAUGAGAUUCCAUCAUCCCCAACAACAGGAGCAACAGGAACAACAUCAGAAAGAUUGACAAUUUCAGGAUCAGAAUUACGUCCAGAAUUGAAAGAAAAUGAUUGUGAUAGUCAACUAAGUGGUUCAGGAAUUGAUGUUAAUCAAUAUAUUACUUCAGUUUCAGAUGGAAUGGUUUCUGAGCCUUAUCAUGGUGGCUACUUUGGUGCAGAUUCUAUUGAACCACAAUCGAUUAUCGUUAAUCAAAGUAACGAUGUGAUUAGUUCGGGACCUCAUGCCAUUGAUCCUUAUUCCGAGAUAAAUGAAGAAAAAAUGGAAAAAGAAGAGCAGAAAGAAGAGAAAAAAGAAAGAGAAGAGAGAAACGAAGAGGAAAAUACAAAUACUGGAAAAAUCAACAUUGAAGAUACUCAAAGUAUUCCACUUGAAUCAUUAAAUCCUUUUGAUAAAAGUGUUGACAUUUCAACAGGUGAUGAAACAAAAGGCUCAACUUUGUAUGAGGAUAAUCCAGAUAAUAGUUGUGGUUUACUUGAUUUUUCAGAUGAUCAAGUAAAUACUAUAGUCAUUACACCAAAUGUAACAUCUGAUUAUAUUAUGAACGAAAGCAAAUUAACGGAAGAUGUAAUGGGAGAGAAAAUGGAGCAAUUAAGUGGAGAGAAUGAAAUGAAAGAGAAUAAUGAGAUGAAAGAAGAAAACGAAACAGAAAAUGAUAAAGUAAAAGUAAAAGAAGAAAUAGAGGAAAGAGAAAAAGAAAAAGAAAAAGAAGGAGAAAGUGAAAAUAUAAACGAUGAAAGAAUAGAAAAAGGAAUAGAAGAAAUGAGAAUCUAUGAAGCAGAAGAAAUAAAAGCCGAAAAUUCAUCAAGUAUUGGCGAUAAAUCAUCUCAACUUAAUUUAGAAGAAGAAAAGUCUACAUCAAAUGUAAUCACAAGUGAGGAUUUAAUGAUCAAUCAGGAUGAAAAUAUUAUUUCUCAAUCAACUGAUAAUUCAUCUCAAAGUGUGGAAAUAGAUGAUUCCUCUAACCUUGCUGUCACCGUCACCGCCGCUGCCACUGCCGCUGCCGCUGCUGUUGGUGUUGGUGUUAUUUCGGGUUCUGUUGCUGUCGCUGCUUCUGGAAUUGAAUCUAAAAGCUGUGAAUUGGUUAAAAAGGAAACAAUUAGUAAAACUAAUGUUUCGAAAAAAUCAACUUUACCUCCAAGUAAAAGUAGUACAACUACUAGUUCAUCUCGAACAGCAGCGUUAAAAUCGACAUCAACUGUUUCUAAUACUAGAAAACCUUUGGCUCCAAGUGGAACCUCUAGUUCGAGAUUAACUUCAACGGUUAAAUCAAGUUCUAGUUCAACUACCGGUAAAUUAGCAACUUCUCGUCAACCCACAUCAACAUCAACAUUAACAUCAAAUGUCAGAAACUCAACGAGCACAUCAAGAGUUGGAAGCGCAUCAACAUUAAACAAAAGGCCCACACAGACUUUAACAGCAUCAGGAGCAACAGGAACAUCAUCAACCACUUCUAGAGUAUCUUCUUUAGCCUCUAGGACAACAACCUCAUCAUCAAGAGGAACAUCAUCUUCUUUAUCAUCAUCAACUACUUCAAAACCUUUGACUCGAACUACAACUGGAACUUCAUCAGCAACUUCUGGAUUAUCCAAGAGACCAGGAACUUCCUCUUCUACCAUUGGAACCAAAACCACCACUGGAAUGUCAAGUUCUACUAUUGGAACAGUCAAAGCUCCAAUACGAUCAACAUUAACAAGUCGAUCAACAUUGGCAACAUCUCGAACUAAUCCUUCGUCUACUUUGUCUUCUACCACUGGAACUAAACCUUCAACGAUCUCGAAAACUACAACUACAACUAGAACUGGAACUGGAACUGGAAUUGGAACUGGAAUUGGAGCAACUAGUAAGAGUGUCGCUCCAUCUAAAAGAGCCUCGACUGGUACUAUGUUAAAUCGACCUUCACCUGGUGCCUCAUCUUCAUUAAUCAAUAAAAGUACCACAAGUGCUUUAAAUCGUUCAUUAACUAAUUCAUCGUCUUCAUCUUCUCGUCCUGGUGUUGGGACAACAACACUAUCAAAAUCAUCGACUCGUCCAUCAACUACUUCUUCCAGUUUAUUAUCAUCAUCAUCGAAUCGGACAUUAGCAAGUAAAAAUUCAAUAAGCAAACCAACCAAAUCAACUACAAGCACAACAUCGAGCAAUAAAGUAGCUGUACCAAGAUUAGGAGGUAAAAAGAUGAGUGGUGAUGAGAAAAGUAGAAAUGAAUCAUCGUCGGCAUCUCCAUCGUCAGUUGGAGCGACCGGAGGAGAUGAAGGAAACAGCAGUGUGAGCACUAUGAUGACAUCGACGGUGGAAAGUAGUAGCAAUUACAGUAGUGAACAAGUAGGAGAAGAGAAAACAAGUUGUUCCACCCCCGUUGACGCAAUUACGAGCAAAAGAGAGAAAAAUUUGAUGCCUAAUUCAGCAAACUCUUUAAAAGAUGAAUUGGAGGCGGCGCUUGCAAGUCCGAUCUCAUGUGAGGAUAAAAGCGUAAUAAAGGAAACCAAAGAUGAUGAACCAAGUGGAAACUUGUAAAACCUGAAACUAUCCUUUUCUUUUAUUUUCUUCUUUCACUUGUUCACUACCUUUACUUUAUUCACUUUACUCACUUAAUCUACUCAUUCAACACCGAGACCAACACCACAAUUACCACCACCUCCUUUUUUCUCCCUCUCUCUCUUUCUCUCCUUUUCUCUCUUCCUCCCACUUUGCUUUUCUCUUUUUCUUCCAUAUUCAUCCAAUCUUCUAUUCACUCUCCUUCUCCCCUUCUCUCUCACUCUCACUCUCACUCUUUUAUUUCUUACUAGAGAUUCUUAUUCCUAUUCCAAUGCAAUUUUGUUUCUCGUCUCCCCUUAGCCUAUUUUUUCUUCAAUUACAAUCACAUCUCUAAAAACGAUGGUGAAAAAAGUUAAGGUAACAAACAAAAUUAGGCAGCACUAAUUUCAAGGCCUUUGUAUUUGCUUUUCAAUGACUUUGUGAAUGUUUGUUUGCAUGUUGAAUGGUUUAUUUGAGUAUUAAAAAAACUUAAUAAUGAUGCAAACACAAGAUGGAUUUAUAAUAUUAAUAAGCAAAUGAUAAUAAAACAUAUUAAUGAAUUUGAUUAUAAAUGUAAAAAGAA